AUGGCGGUCGCCACGCUGGCAUUUGAGCUGGCUGGGGCGUUUCUACUCGCUGCUGGAAUGCUUUGGAAAUAUGGCAAUUUGAGGAAAUCUACUCCAGCUGUAUUUAUUGCUUGGUACUUCUCUCUAUGUAUCGUUACUGUUCUUCCAAACGACGUUUCCGCAACCUUCUACCGCCAAUGUCUAUCAGACGCCGAGCCCACCACGACUACCGCGCCGGUGAUCAACGCGACCGACUCUCCAGUCGAUUUUCCCGAAAUUCCAAACAGCCAAAAUGGCCAAGUUCUCGACGAAGAGCGACCUUAUUCAAGAUAUGGACCCUUAGAUGAUUAUGGAAAAGUUCGAAAGAAGCGAGAACUCGUCCCAAUCCUCGAAGAAUCCAGCGCAAGUACUUCAACCGUCGAUCCUUCUUCGCAAUGCAUCAAGCCAGUUUCUUACGUAGAUGGAACUGUGAUCCCUCGACUGUACAAAGUGGUGUACUGGACGACGCAACUAUUCACCUGGCUGCUGAUCCCGUUUUUGUCUGCUUACGUCCAGGCGGGUGAAUUUUCCGUGCUCGCGAAAGCUCGAACCGCGCUGAUCGACAAUGCGAUUUACUACGGAACAUAUGUGGUGAUUAUUCUCAUCCUAUUGAUUUACGCCCUGGCGGCGCAUCUCUUCCAGGACCAGGGAGUAUCAGCCCUCAAACAAAUGGCCAUUCAAGCGGCGAAUACUUGGGGUCUCUUUCUCUUAGUCCUUCUUCUCGGCUACGGACUCGUAGAACUGCCGCGCUCCUGUUGGUACCGUUCGAAUAUUCAGCAUCAGCUCGAGUGGGAAUACUUCAGCCUCGCAAAAGUCACAGAAGACAAGCAUGAGGCGACAGAAGAGCUUGAUCAAAUCCUACUAGAGGUGAAAAAGGCAUCGAAGGGAGUUCCAUUUGGCCAUAUGCUCAGGGAGCACGUGAACACAAUCCUAAAAAAGUGUCCUGGACAUUUUCAAGAAGAAGUGGCAAGAGAGGAAUCGCAAAACGGACCGGAUGAAGAUCUUAUGCCCAGCGAACGUACUCUCAUCCGUCUUCAUAAAAAGCUCAACAAAGCGCUCCAGCGCGAAAACAGAACUCAAACACAAUUCAAACUCUUUCUUCAACGAGCUUUGUACAGCGAAGAUGUAAUUAAAAAUCGCCUCUCAGCGGAUCGUACUUGGAAAAGUCACUACUCAAUAGAUGAAAGCUCUUUAUUGCCAUCUUCUUUGAAAUGGUGGUGGCGUUGCAUCUUCCGCUCGCACGUGAUGAAGCUCCUUUCGAUCCUCUUCGGCCUCUUUUCGGCGAUGGUCAUUUGGUCGGAAUGUACAUUUUCGAUGCAAAACCCGACUCUCAGUAUUUUCGCCAUUCUAGUGCGGCACUGGGCUUCAGUCAAAAACUACUUCAACUUGGAGCUGUUUUGUUUCAUCACGAUUGCUUACUUGUGUCUUUGUGCGUACUGGACUCUUUUCCAGAUCAAGCUUUUUAAUAUUUAUUACAUCGCGCCAAAUCACCAAACUGACGACUACUCGUUGCUCUUUAUCGGCAUGUUUCUUUGCCGGCUCACUCCUCCACUGUGUCUCAACUUUCUCUGUCUAAUCCAUAUGGAUUCCGGCGUCACCGAUGGCGAGGAACUCGUUGACGUCGCCUACACCGACCUGAUGGGUCAUCUUAGUUUAAUAAGCGAUCGCUUCUUUAUUUAUUUCCCCAUUCUGAUCGUCCUCCUCUGCACUGGAACGUACUUCAAACUCGGCACUCGCUGCCUCUCUUCUAUCGGUUUCGCGCAGUUUCUCCAAUCCGACGAGCUCACCACUGAUCUUAUGGAAGAGGGAAAGGCAUUUGUCAACCGAGAGAAAAGACGGAUCGAGCGCGAGACAAAAAAGGAUGAGCGCAAUUACACAGAGCGUGCAUCUUCAUCUACCGCUCAUAACGAGUCCUUCUCCUCGGCGAACUGGGACCGGGUGAAUGAGGAACGCGUUUCACUUUUGAAAGAUAACGACUCCGGCGACGAACACUGGGACUCUGGGGCGAAAGGGUCCUCUUCCAGCAGACCUAAUCGUUCUUUAUUUGACGAUGUUUAA